AACACUCUGAGGAAGCAGCAAAUGCUCAACAGCAGCUCCAUGGCCCAGUUCCUCUUGCUGGCAUUUUCAGACAGGUGGGAGCUGCAGCUGCUGCACUUCUGGCUCUUCCUGGGCAUCUCCCUGGCUGCCCUCCUGGGCAACGGCCUCAUCCUCAGCGCCGUAGCCUGCGACCAGCACCUGCACACCCCCAGGGACUUCUUCCUGCUGCACCUCUCCCUCACAGACCUGGGCUGCAUCUGCACCACUGUGCCCAAAGCCAUGCACAACUCCCUCUGGGGCACCACAACCAUCUCCUACACAGGAUGUGCUGCACAGGUCUUUUUCUUUCUGUUCUUCAUUUCAAUAGAGUUUUAUCUCCUGACCAUCAUGUGCUAUGACCGCUACGUUGCCAUCUGCAAACCCCUGCACUACGGGACCCUCCUGGGCAGCAGAGCUUGUGCCCACAUGGCAGCAGCUGCCUGGGCCUCUGGGUUUCUCACUGCUCUGCUGCACACAGCCAAUACAUUUUCCCUGCCCCUGUGCCAGGGCAAUGCCCUGGGCCAGUUCUUCUGUGAAAUCCCACACAUCCUCAAGCUCUCCUGCUCACAAUCCUACAUCAGGGUAAUUGGGCUUCUUGUGGUUACUGCCAGUAUAUCACUUGGUUGUUUCAUUUUCAUAGUUUUCUCGUAUGUUCAGAUCUUCAGGGCUGUGCUGAGGAUUCCCUCUGAGCAGGGACGGCACAAAGCCUUUUCCACGUGCCUCCCUCACCUGGCUGUGGUCUCUCUGUUCCUCAGUACUGGCUCAUUUAACUACUUGAAACCCCCCAACAUCUCCUCUCCAUCCCUUGAUCUGGCACUCUCAGUUCUGUACUCGGUGGUGCCUCCAGCACUGAACCCCCUCAUCUACAGCCUGAGGAACAAGGAACUCAAGGAUGCCAUAAGGAAUUUGAUGAGUGGAUGCUUUUCCAAGGCAUCAAACUUUCUGGUUUCUGCUAUGUAA